ACAUGACCAAGUUGUAGCAACUAGCAAAGCCACUCUAUUCUCUAAGUAGUCUUUGAGCAAAAAUAAUGGUGAAGCUAGCUUUUGGCAGUUUUGGUGACUCUUUCAGCAUUGAGUCUUUCAAGUCUUAUCUAUCAGAGUUUAUAGCCACCCUUCUUUUUGUGUUUGCAGGAGUUGGAUCCGCCAUUGCUUAUAGUAAGCUCACAUCGGAUGCAGCCUUGGACCCCCCGGGACUUGUAGCUGUGGCUGUGGCCCAUGCCUUUGCACUUUUUGUAGGGGUGUCCAUUGCAGCCAAUAUCUCCGGUGGCCAUUUGAACCCAGCUGUCACGUUUGGAUUGGCCGUUGGAGGCAACAUCUCCAUCCUUACUGGCAUUUUCUAUUGGAUCGCUCAAUGCCUUGGCUCCAUUGUUGCUUGCCUCCUACUCAAAUUCGUCACAAAUGGAGAGAGCAUACCAACACAUGGAGUUGCAUCAGGAAUGAAUGCAAUUGAAGGAGUGGUCAUGGAGAUCAUCAUAACCUUUGCACUAGUCUACACUGUCUAUGCCACAGCUGCUGACCCCAAAAAGGGCUCAAUUGGUAUAAUAGCACCUAUUGCAAUUGGGUUCAUUGUUGGUGCAAACAUCCUAGCUGCUGGUCCAUUUAGUGGUGGGUCGAUGAACCCGGCUCGUUCAUUUGGCCCAGCUGUUGUUAGUGGAAACUUUUCUGAGAAUUGGAUCUACUGGGUUGGCCCACUAAUUGGGGGAGGGUUGGCUGGGCUUGUAUACGGUGACAUUUUUAUUGGGUCCUAUGCCCCAGUCCCAGUCCCUCAAGACUAUGCCUAAACAGAGUUCUUUGUGAUUUGGGUCUUCCUGUGAUUUGGGUUGUUUCUUUUGGGAUUGUGAUUUGUCAAUGGCCAGCCUAAAAAGAGGUUGUACGUGUUAAUAAAAUUGUAAAUAAGGAAUCAAAAGUUGGCCUUUUGUUUUUGUUUUGUUUUAAUAUUCCUCUCUUGUCAUUACAAGCAAAGUUGUUAAAAUCGAGAUUCUAUAUAAGA